CGGCUCGCGGGUCUGGUUCUGUCCUGGCGGCCCACCGAUCCUGCCGGCUUCGUGCUUGCAUCGAUCUCGCGCCGUCCAGAGCCCUCUGCCAUACUCGCCAAGGCAGCGCCGCUCCUACCGAUCGAUCGAUCCGAUACUGCUGCAUCGAGACAGAUAUGAGCAGCGCAUACGCCACGGAGCCUCCGACCAAGGGCAAGGUCAUCAUUCACACAUCCUCCGGCGAUCUGGAGAUCGAGUUGUGGCCCAAAGAAACGCCCAAGGCAUGCCGAAACUUUGUUCAGCUAUGCAUGGAGGGCUAUUACGACGGCACCAUCAUCCACAGAGUUGUCAAGGACUUUAUUGUCCAAGGAGGCGAUCCUACAGGAACGGGCAAUGGUGGAGAGUCCAUAUACGGAUCGCCGUUUCCAGAUGAGUUCCAUUCCCGGUUGAGAUUCAGUCACCGAGGUCUCCUGGCGAUGGCCAACACCGGACCAAACACAAAUCAGACCCAGUUUUUCUUCACUCUGGACAAGACUGAGGAGCUCAAUAAGAAGAACACUAUCUUUGGCAAGGUAGUUGGCGACACCAUUUACAACCUACUCAAGAUCGGCGAGUCCGAGGUCAACGAUGAUGAGCGGCCAAUCUACGACGUCGUCAUUCGGUCCACAUCGAUACUCUCGAACCCCUUUGACGACAUCAUUCCUCGCACUACCGCAGCCGAAAAAGCCGCCAAACUUGCUGCCGAGAGACUGGAGGCGCAACGACGAACGGAAAUCAAAAAGCCCAAGGUCAAAAAGAAUCUGAAGCUUCUCUCCUUCGGCGAAGAGGAAGAAGUGCAGGCCGAUGCCAGCCCCGGUUUUAAAAAGGUCACUAGUAGCCACGAUGCUCUCACGGAUGAUCCGCGCUUGAGACCUCAGUCUGCCAUCAGUUCCGAUGAGCUGAAGGCACCCCAGUUAUCCGAUGCAAGAACAGAACACUCGGUCGCGACACCUGCCCGUGCCAAUCAGCUCAAAUCAUCAAAUCGCCGUCCCGGUAGUAGUGAUGGUCAUAGUAGCGCAUCCGAUUAUGAUAGCGAGGGAGAGAGCGAAGCCGUCCGCCAUCGGCCAAAGCGUCCAAAAACUGAAAGCUCUGUCGGAUCCCCAGUCGCCUUUGGGUCCAAGGCUAAAAUGAUGAGUCUUCAAAGCGAGUUGACCCAGCUCACGAAGGAGAUCCGCGGGAUUGGCAGUUCCAAAGAAUCUUCCGAAGGCUUGAGCAAGGGUAGUUCCAAGAAAGGAUCAUCCUUUGUCGAUGCCUUUCGAUCGCAGUAUGGAGGCACCAGUAGCCUCAGACGGAAGGGCAAUGAAGGCGAUGUGCUCAAGACAUUGGAGGCAUUCCGGCUGAAGCUCCGCAAUUCCGAUGCACCUGCUUCCUCUCCUCGCAAUGAAAACGGCCGGCAGGAUGAGUGCCGAUUGCAUGGGCUUCGAAACUGCAAAUCAUGCUAUAGUGCCGAUGACGACGAAGGCGAUGAUGUUGGUUGGAUGGCCCAUCAGCUAAAGUUUGCACGGGAGGCCGCCAACGUCUAUGAGCCCAAAGUUGAUGACUAUGCAGUGUUUGAUCCCCGGGCUGAGCUUCAGAGCGGCGAUGCACAGCGCAAGCCCAGAGCCAAGGAGCCGCAGCGAUCGAGCCGGGAUACAGAGAAGCCGCCAAGAAACUCAAGGGUCUAGACAGUGCUGCUUCCGAGUGAGGAUAAUAUACCGUCCAAUCGCCUGGUGAUAUUGAGGCAGAAGUGUGGUUGACUGAUGCCUGAAUCUACAUGCGUUCGAUCCCGCCGUGUGCCAGCCAAGCCCGAUCGUGGCUGCAGUGGACAACGAACAGAAACGGCUGAGCAUCUGGAUUGCCGCUUCGUCAAAAUUGACAUGAAACGACUCGUCAAUCAGAAGUCACGGACUCGUCACCACCGUUGUUACCGCUGCUACCGUUGCUUACAGCCAAUCCAAUAAAAACGGGACACCCGGAUUUUGGUGGUUGGUGAAUGUUAUCACUCAA